AUGACGAACAAGUUAAGUGCUAAGUUCUUUGAAAUAUUUCGGAAUUUGAAGUCAGAUGCUGUACCUCGUCCCCCAAGGCCUAAUUCAUAUCAGGAGAAUCCCGAAGAUGUACAAAAUGAAAAUGUAGAUAACACAAAUAACAUCGAAACGGAAGAUAUUUUUAAUGAGAAUGAUUUGAAAAAAGAAAAGAAAAAGCCAAAAUAUAAAAAGUCUUUCUCUACUCCCGAACCAGAUCCUACGCCUGCAGAAGAUGAGCAUGAUAGACGAAGCAGUAAUGCAAGCAGUGUGGUUAAUACCCAGGCCACGGGCAAUGUGAUCAACAUUGUUAAUGCAAGUAAUAUUCGUUGGGGAAAUGAGUUUGUUUAUUAUUUGGGGUCUGUAAAUGGUCAGCAAGCUUCACCUAAAGCAAAAACAUACGAAGAAAAGGUUGAAAAAACUAAUCUCAUUAAACAACUGAUGCAAGCUGAUAUUCAGCCUGAGCAUGAAUAUAUUGAUUAUAUAUCCAAGAACUUGGGUAAAAAUUGGUACAGUAUAUUUAAAAAUCUGGGCUACUCAAAAGGACAAAUUGAAACAGCUGAAAUUGAUAAUGCACAAAGCGGUAUUGCUGAGGCUCGUUACAAAUUACUCCUAGACUGGGUAAGAAAUGAUGAUCAUGGAACUCUUGGAAAACUAGCUACUAUUUUGUGGGAAGAAGAUGAAAAGCAUGUUGUUAAAGAGUUAGCUGUCAUUUAUAAAAGAAACCAGGAAUGA